AUGAUCGGGCCCGCCCCCCGGGCCUGUGCCCUGAUCGGGAACCGAACCCUGACCCCCUGGUUCCUAGGUCAGAGGUCAGCCCCUGAGCCAGCGGGAGCCCUUUCCGAGCGUGGCUGGAGGAGGACUCCCCUGGGACCCAGCGUGUGCCGGCUGGUGAUUCGGGACCUGGUAGACCUGACCGCUCCUUUCUCUCCCCCUCCCCACCCCCCAGCUCCGCCUUCCGGGGACCCCGCCCCUCUCCAGCGGAGGGGGCUCCCGCAGGAGCCUGUAGGGACAGGAAAGGACCCCCAAGUCACGUCCCAGAGCGCGGUGACGUUUGGGGACGUGGACGUCGCUUUCUCCCCGGAGGAGUGGGGCCGGCUGAGCUGCGCACAGAAGGCCCUAUACAGAGACGUGAUGCUGGAGAACUACCGGAACCUGGUGUCACUGGGGCUCUGCUGCUCUAAGCCCGAGGUGAUCUCCUCCUUGGAACAGAGGACGGAGCCCUGCAUGGCUGAGAGCGGGCUGACAGGAGGCCAGCACCCAGGCGGGAAGGCAGUGCCCGCGGAGGAGGGGCCGUGUGAGGAACAGCAGUCCAGGGCAGCGCUGCUGCACAGACCGGCCGAGUGCCGCCUGCAGGAAAAGUGGGGACUUCAGUGCGAUGAGUCACAAACACGUCUGCUUACGUCAGGACACGGCAGCCUGUGCUGCUGUGAGGGAGCCCCCAGCAGGCGCUCCCCUUCCUCUCAGCUGAGGGAGCCCCCGAGUCACCCAGUACCCGAGCUGGGGGGGCAGCCUUCGGUCGCAGGAGAAAGUCCACGCUGUGGGCUCAUCCUCCUCCACAGAAUCACACAUUUCCCACCGCAGAGCAGGCUCUUCUGUUUUCUCCCUCCCGCCAAACGCACGCGCUGUCCCUCGGCCCAGCCCCCCGACCUGCGUCACUCGGGAGCUAAGCGAGGAUCCUGGACAGACGUGUCUCCCAGCCUGUGGGCCCGGCGCCUCGCCAGGCCGCUGCGGUUCACGGGGAUGGCUGGGUCACAGCCCGUCUGUGCGUUUCAGGGCCUGGCGACCAGAACGCGGAUGGCCAGCGACUCCUCGCAGCCGCCCGGCCCGGCUCAGGGCAGUUUCCCUAAGGAUGUGACGCCGGGGAGCCCGGACCUGGAGGCAGGGCGCUGUGUGUCCCGGCCGCAGUGGUUUUCUCGGCUGCAUCGCGGGAGGGAGCCCUGGCUGGCGAAGAGAGAGCUGGCGGGAGGCCUCUUCGCAGGCCAACAAUCUGUACAUGAGACCCAGGAAUUAUUUCCAAAGCAGGAUUUAUUUGCUGAUGUGCUAACAGACAGAACUUUAAGCACUAAUCUGAAAUGUCCAACUUUCAGAGAAAAUUGGGAUUCUGAGGGUGUGUUUGAGAGGAAGCUGGUAGGCCAGGAGACACAAUUCAGGCAAGAAACAGUCACUAAUAGCAAAACCCUCUCUAAAGAAAGAGAGCGUACGUGUAACAAAUCUGGAAGAUGGUUCCCCUUGGACGUUUCAGAAGAGAGAGUUCAUAACCAUGAUUCAGUUAAGAAAAGUUUCCCCCAAAAUACAGUGGGGAUAAAACAUACAGGAAUCUGCACAGGAAAAAAACUUUUCAAUUGUAAUGAAUGUAAGAAAACUUUUACCCAGAGCUCAUCUCUUACUGUUCAUCAGAGAAUUCACACCGGAGAGAAACCCUAUAAAUGUAGCGAGUGUGGCAAGGCCUUUAGCGAUGGCUCAUCCUUUGCCCGACAUCAAAGAUGUCACACUGGCAAGAAGCCCUACGAAUGCAUCGACUGUGGGAAAGCCUUCAUACAGAACACAUCCCUUAUUCGUCACUGGAGAUACUAUCACACUGGGGAGAAACCCUUUGAAUGCAUCAACUGUGGGAAAGCCUUCAGUGACCACAUAGGACUUAAUCAACACAGGAGAAUUCAUACUGGAGAGAAACCCUACAAAUGUGAUGUGUGUGACAAGUCCUUCAGGUACGGCUCAUCCCUUACUGUCCAUCAAAGGAUUCAUACUGGAGAGAAACCGUAUGAGUGUGAUGUUUGUCGAAAAGCCUUCAGCCAUCACGCAUCCCUCACUCAACAUCAAAGAGUGCAUUCGGGAGAGAAACCUUUUAAGUGCAAAGAAUGUGGGAAAGCUUUUAGGCAGAAUAUACACCUUGCUAGUCACUUGAGAAUUCACACUGGAGAGAAGCCCUUUGAGUGCGGGGAAUGCGGCAAAUCCUUCAGCAUCAGUUCACAGCUCGCCACUCACCAGAGAAUUCACACUGGAGAGAAGCCCUACGGGUGUAAAGUUUGCAGUAAAGCCUUCACCCAGAAGGCUCACCUCGCACAGCAUCAGAAAACUCAUACGGGAGAGAAGCCAUAUCGGUGCAAGGAAUGUGGGAAAGCCUUCAGCCAGGCCACACACCUCAUUCAGCAUCAGAGAGUUCACACCGGAGAGAAGCCCUAUAAAUGCGUCGAGUGCGGGAAGGCCUUUGGUGAUAACUCCUCCUGUACUCAACAUCAGAGGCUUCACACGGGCCUGCGGCCUUAUGAAUGUGUUGAGUGUGGAAAGGCAUUUAAGACAAAGUCUUCCCUGAUUUGUCAUCGCAGAAGUCACACCGGAGAGAGACCGUAUGAGUGCACUGUCUGUGGCAAAGCCUUUAGCCAUCGCCAGUCCCUUAGCGUGCAUCAGCGGAUUCAUUCUGGAAAGAAACCGUAUGAAUGCAAGGAGUGUAGGAAAACCUUCAUCCAGAUUGGACACCUCAACCAACACAAGCGAGUCCACACCGGAGAGCGGGCCUAUAACUACAAGAGAAGCAGGAAAGUCUUCAGGCAGAGCGCACACUUCGCUCAUCAGCGAGUUCAUGCCGGGGAGUCAUCCACACGCCCCGCCUUACCUCCCACGUCAAAUCCUGUGGAUCUUUUUCCCAGAUAUCUCUGGAACCCAUCCUCGCUCCCAUCACCAUAAUCUCAGUAUCGUUCUUCCAGCUAGACUACUCCAGUAGUGUAUAGACUGGUCUCUCUGCUCUUUUGUUUUUGUCCUCGACAAGGUUGUUUUUCACGUGGCAGUCAGGGUGAUGUGGGUGUGAAUGUAACUCGCUCACUUCUGAUGUAAAAACUUGUGUUGAGGUCCUCUAAACGGGUUACUGCCUAAGACGCUCCUAGAACAGUGCCUCGUCCACACGCAGUGUGAGUGACUUUAGCGCCUUUAAAAACAUUAUUUUGGGAAAUCGAAGCAUUCCCAUAGUUAGCUCUGAAUAAAAAUGGUGCAUAACACAA